AUGCUCAAGCAUAAGAAGAAUCAACCUACAGCCCAGGAACUAUAUCGCGCGCGGAAGCAGCGCGAAGAGCAGGAGAGGGAGGCCUAUUUGCCCCCGGGGCUGAUUAAUCACGGGAACACCUGCUUCAUGAACUCCACGCUCCAAGGUCUCCUGGCGACAAAGUUGUUACACAACCUCGUCAACUUCGAGCCCGUUCCGUCUGCCGCGGGGCCAUCCGUGCUCGCUCACCGUUCGCCCCAACUGACGAACGGGCACGGAUCCGGUGGGGAGUACGAGCGGUCGUGGGAAGAGGGCAUGCCGCUUGGAGACGUCUUUGUGAAUGUGAUGCAGAAGGCGUGGAGUCUGCAGGAGGGUCGGAAGCGGGAGAGUAUGAGCCCCAAAGAGAUCCUCACCGGGAUCGGGCGCAAGUACGACCAGUACCUUGACUUCCGGCAGCAGGACGCGCACGAGUUUCUGCGCCACAUGCUCGAUGCGAUGCGUAUGGAGGAACUCGACAUUAUCAAGAAGCGCCAACCGCCGCCAACUAAAGACAAGGCCACGCGAUCUCACAAGAAGCGGCACGUGCGAUCUCUGCCGUCUGCGACUAAAGUUGUUCUGCCCGAGCAGACAUCACACUCAGAUCCUUCGAUAGCAUCUCCGAUAGCAUCUCCUGCAGCUGCCUCCGUGUCUGCGCCCGCGGAAGAGGACAAGCUAACGUCGUUCGUAGACCUGAUAUUUGGGGGGCGACUCGCGAGCAUCCUGGUGUGCGAGAAGUGCAAGAAGAUUUCUGUGACGUACGAGGACUUCAACGACAUCAGCCUGAGCAUUAAGCCCGAGGACUACGUUAAGGACCGCAGGCGUGACCGCCUGAAGAAACUGGCAAAGAAGCUGCGGUUCUUUCCUCAGCCAGGCUCGGGCUCGACCAGCGACCUGGACGACGGUGGGCAGAGGCGGCGGUCGUCAUCCGUACCCCCUCCAAGUCCACUCAGGAAGAGCAUGGAGGCUAUUGCGCACGUUCAUGAAGAGCCGCCGAUACAUGACGGGCCCCGCCGAGUGAGUUUCGAUCAUGCAGGACCUGCUGCAGAAGACGCGCGGGACGCGGUGAGGGAUAUGGCAGGAGACAAGGUUGAGGCAACAGCUGAAGCGGCCGAGAAAAAAGAGGACGCGAAUUGGGAGGUCACAGACGCUGUAGAUGCGACGGAGAACGCUCUCAGGGAUAAGGCUGAUGGCGAGCAGGGGAAGGAGAAGAAAGAGAAGGAGGAUCCGUGGGGUAAAUUGGGACGACGAAUCAGCAUGAGGGUGAGUCGGAGGAUGCGGGAGCUGGGAAGCCCCAGCCACUCGGUCGAACGGGGAAGAAGAACAGGAUCUAAUGAUGCAGUCCGAUUUUUGGCCAAAAAGGACAAAUCUGCGCGUUCCUCUCUUGCACCAACCCCUGUGAACGAGCGCGAUACCGACAACGAUACAUCUGAUGCUCCGGUCAGGCAUAGCGCCCCGCUCUCGCCGGUUUUGACCCCGCUAUCUUCUCCUCAUACAGGCACGGCGACAUUGGCCCAAACCGCGCCUAUCAAGCGGACGCACUCGGACGCGCCGUUCACCCCGCGAAGAUCGAGGUCGCCCGUUCCUCCCAAGCUUUCCAACGGAGAGACCGCGUAUCUGCGUCGAAUCCUGGCGGACGUCAAUACCUUAUCCACGAACCCAAACCCAUUCUCUAUGCUGCAGCAGGCUCUGACAUCUACGCACUACGGGGUGGGCCCAUCCUCCUCUGCGUCUGCUGCACACGCUCUCUGGGUGAGGAUGGGUCAUCUCCCGGGGGUUGUCGAGUGUCUCCGGAUGUUCACCGCCGUCGAAGUGCUCGAUGGCGAGAAUAUGGUAGGCUGCCAUCGAUGCUGGAAGAUCGCAAAUGGAUGCUACAAGUUGGCGCACCGCGACGAGCUUGUCGGCGAGGACGCAGACAGCGAGAGUGAGGAGAGUGAAGCGAGCGAAGGGAAGCUAGAAGGCAACAUAAUGGCGCCGAAUAUCACACAGAGAGUACGCUCCUUGGACGCAGACGAAGGACGGCUAUUAUCGUCUCCCGAUAUGUCUACUGGCGGCGUAUCACCUGCGUCGACAUCAGCGAUUUCUAUGAGCGUGACAUCGGACUCGGAGUAUGUGAACGAUACCAAGUCGGUAUCGACUGCGCCUUCCACUGUCGACAUCACGCUGUUGCCAAAUGGGGAUGUUUUUCUUUCUCCUGAAGCCUCUUCUCUAGCAACGUACAGUGGUAUUCCAAUCCCAUCAAUAUCUACGACCGCACCGGAGUUGCCACCCUCUACCUCUCAGAUGGCUGUGGCCACCCAGUUAUCUGAGGCCGACCAGAGCAGGCCACCUAGCUCGCUCGAUGCUCCGACUUCGACGGAUACAUUGCUCACUCCAAAGAGGCACCCACGUUCGCAGCGGAAGGACGCCGCCUCCGGCGAGAGUGACAGCUUGGAUGACAGCGAUGACUCCGGUUCCUUGAGCGACACUUCAGCUAAUACAUCCGCAUUCUCCGAUGUAUCUCCUGCUGCAUCUCCUUUGGCUUCUCCGACAGUCUCCCCAAGAGCUUCUGUCGAAAAUUUGCAAUCGUCCGCGUCUCCUUCGGCGGUUCGGCUGAAGACGCUGGACGGGACGUCAUCUCCUCAGGUGCCGCGUUCCAAGCAGGUCAUUCCGCGACGAAUGUACAAACGCUACCUCAUCGCGACUCCUCCUCCGGUUUUAGUCGUGCACCUCAAGCGAUUCCAGCAGGUCUCGAAGUUGCACGCUAUGUCAUUCUCGGGUGGAUUCAAGAAGCUCGACCACUUUGUGGCGUUUCCGGAAGAGCUGGACCUUGGGCCAUUCGUCGCGCCAAAGAAGGAAGACUUCGUGCUGAAAGGGAAGGGCACAAGGCGUACUCCCAACGGUGUGAUAAAAGGGACCGAACGCUGUAUGUACCGCCUCUAUGCCGUCGUGGUGCAUAUAGGCAAUAUGUUGGGCGGACACUACAUUGCAUACACAGCUCUAUCAUCGCCAAACGCGGCUCCCCCUCCGCCGACACCCCCAGCAGACUCGAAUUCUCCAACCCUCUCGACCACUGCGCCAACGAAGCCCAUCGGCUCCGAAUACCAGGUAAAGUCCACGAAAAGUCCGAGACAGUGGGCGUAUAUCAGCGAUACUGUCGUCCGGCUCACCACUUUAGAAGAGGUACUCAAGGCGAAGGCUUAUAUCUGCAUGUACGAGCGCAUAUAA